AUGACUAUUCAGACUUAUUGGGCUCAGUUCAUGAUUCUUCCAAAGAGUAUCUUGAAAACUGUCAACAGUAUAUGUAGAUCCUUCCUCUGGCAUGGUGUUGCUGAUCAUGUGGGGCCUGGUAAAGUUGCUUGGAAGCAGUUGUGCAUUUCAAAAAAAGAAGGGGGGUUGGGGCUUACUGAUCUUCACUUGUGGAAUACAGCUGCUAUGGGCAAGCAUGUAUGGAUGGUAGCCUCAAAAAAGGAGAAUGUGUGGGUCAGAUGGGUGAAUUCAGUGUAUCUCAAAGGUGGAAAUUGGUGGAAUUACUCUCCCAAGAGUACUGAUAGCUGGUAUUGGAAGUCUAUCUGUCAAGUGAAGGAAAUGAUUAAGUUGCAUAUUUCUGAGGCUCGGUUGUGCUCAUUACCUAAGUAUUCAAUCAAAUUGGCCUAUAGUCAGCUUGUUUCUCCUAGUGGUAACAGGAUGCAUUGGGCUAAUGCUAUAUGGUGUAGACUUGCUCAGCCUAAACACAGAUUCAUAUCAUGGCUUGCAGUUUUAGAGAGAUUGAGUACCAAGGAUAGACUGAAGCUGUUUGGGGUCUCAGUGGAUGAUACUUGUCUUCUGUGUGGUGUUGAAGUGGAAACUCACAGUCACCUGUUUUUUGGUUGUCAUUAUAGCUCGAGGUGUUGGAAGCAGAUUGCUGAUUUCUUGCAAAUUAAUACAAGUAUCAGAAGUUUUCCCCAGCUGAUUAAAUGGAUCCAUAGGAGAAAGUUCACUAAGUUCAGGAAAGGAGUGUUGUUUACCUUUGCUUGGUGUUUAGUCUACCAUAUUUGGAAAGAAAGAAACAAUGCAUUGUGGAACAGUCAGAUUAGAUGUAUUGAGAAUACCUGUAACCUAGUUAAGCAUACUGCUAGCACUAGGAUUUACUCAGUUUUACCUCGAGCUAUUAGCUCAAGUGAUCACAGUUGGAUCAAAUCCCUCUUGGAAGGGUAA